AGAGUGCGAACGCUCACGGGCAAGGAGAUCGAGCUCGACAUCGAACCGGACUACAAGGUGUCCCGGAUAAAAGAGCGCGUCGAGGAGAAGGAGGGCAUUCCGCCCGCGCAGCAGCGAUUGAUCUACGGAGGGAAGCAGAUGGCCGACGACAAGACCGCCGCAGACUACAGCCUCGAAGGCGGUGCCACGCUCCACUUGGUACUUGCCCUACGCGGUGGUGGCCUAUAG